GUUGAUUCUGCCAUACCACAUAAUUCUGAUACAGCACACAAAGUUCCACCAUUACCAAGCUACCAAAUUGUCACAGCAAAUUUUUGUUCUAAAGUAUCUUCUUCAGAUUCUUCUGAUGAGGAAAAAAAAGAAGAGCUUGAAGACGAAGAUGAUUCAUUCUAUGAUUGA